AGAGAUCGGCUCAGCCCGAGUAGAUCGGCCAAUCCCCCGUAGAUCGGCCCGGCCCGUGCCCAGCAUGCCGAGGCAUUCCAACAGCUUCGCAUGCGGCCUGGAUGUUCCAGAGUUGGCCGUCAGCAAGCGCGUACGACCUGGAGCCAAUGGUACCAACAAGUGGCAAAAGCAUCCUGGCAAGACCCCUGCGCUUGCAUCGCUGGUCGAUUUGGAUGAGGUGUUCCACGCCGAGGAGGAGGAGGAUUGGUCCGAGCCUGAAACCUCCGUCGAGACCACCGCCACAGCGCGAGAGCAGAGCACGGCCCAAGAGGAGGAGGAUGAUCAGUGGGACCUCGUGUCGCAAGCCGUGCCCAAGGAGCAGGAGUGGCCUUCUUUGGAUCAGAGCCGCGACCCGGAGUUGCUGGACUACGAUCUGUUCGAGACAAUGUCCCAGGUGAGCGACUUGACCUUGAGUUCCUGGGUGGAUCUCAAUGAAGAUCUGGAGGAGUCCAAGCCUGCCACCUGGGCCUCCAGGAUUGGUCCCAGCAACGGGCUUCCGAAGCCCAAGACGGCCUUGCCCUGGGCUGGCAAACUGCGACCGACGCCUGAGAAUGCCACUUGCAGUGCCUUGACUGUCCAUCUGAAAGGCCAUGAGGAGGAGGAUCCGAACUCGAUGGAGUUCGAAGGAAGGACCUGGAACAAGUGGCAGAAGUCCAGCCGCAACUUGAAGGCGGUGGAGCGCCGCCUAGUGCAAACCGCACGGCGUCAGGAACAGCGCCUGGCUGGGCGAGGCUGAGCACGGGCACCAGGUAGCUUGAGAGCGCCGCGCAGAGGUUUCGAUGUUCUUCGGGGUGACCGCGAACUGCCAAGGGAUUCGAAUGGCGUGGAUGACUUUGAAGGGUAGAGUCUGAG